ACAUUGCAUUCUUUUGUAUAUAGUUCUUGUUUCUGGACAAUUUGUUGGCAAGCAAUUUAUGUAGCUAGAGUAGCAAGAAACAUUUGGCAACACUACAGUGCUUAGUUAUUCUCCAAGGAGCUGUCCUAGUCAAAACACUGUUGAAGACAGUUCUCAUCUAGUCCUAGUCAAAACACUGUUGAAGAUAGUUCUCAUAUAGUUGAAUACAGAUAGAAGUAGUGCCAUACCAUAAGGUACGAUGAGAACCAAAGUAGCAAAGCAAAUACUACCAGUCGAAAUGGCUGAAGGGAGUUUAGAACUCUCCAAAUCGAUUGGGCCUCUCGUAGUGAUGUCUGGAUACCUCACCAAGAAAGCUCGCUCCAUGAAAAGAUGGCUCCACCGAUGGUUUCAACUGCUAGACAAUGGUAUCUUGCAGUACUAUCAGAAUGACAAAAAAGAGAAGAUGCUGGGGGAAAUUGAUAUUGGUCGAACAUGUUAUGAUGUGCGUCAAGGAACUAAAAACUGUGGAAUUUCAUUCCCCACGGUUGCUCCAAGAUGUUGCUGCUUUUGGUUCACAGUGCUAAAGAGGACAUACUUCAUGUAUGCUCCAACUGCUUUUGAAGCAAGAAAAUGGCAUGAGAGUAUUUACAGUGCUUCUAACAUUCUUAAUCGAAGAGUUGUUGCAGGAGUGAAAAGACGAAAGGCACCUGAAGCUCCAGGAACACAAAGAGGUUACAAACCUUCUCUUCGCCCACUCAACUAUCGAAUCAGUAUGACUCCAUGGGACAUGAAGGGCAAACACAAGCGUUGCACCUCUCUACAAGAUGUGCAUAGAAUCAGAGUGAGUGCUCCAGACGACUCUUCUGAUAUUAUCUCUCCAAUUGAAGAUGUUAGUACAUUUGCGCGAGCCACCAGUGUUCCCGAUUUUCUGGACCGUGUUGGAAUGAUAUCUCCUCUUCUUUCACCUGAUUCCCAGUUGAACACUCAGCUUUGGAAUCUUCCUAUGCCAGCUAAUAGUACAUUUGUUCCUGUAGUAGCUGUAACUGAUGAAUCAACCAACUCUAGUAGUCAGUUGAACUUGGUAUCAACCUUCCAUGGCCGCAGAAGAACCCAGUCACUCAGCGAAUCACCAAGUUGGAGGCUACAGUCUCUACCAGGCAGUAUUACCACACAAAAUCCCACAGAAAAGAAGCAACUUCAAAGAGUCUGUCCACCACCUCGACCUGCAUCUUAUCACCCUCGUCCCCAGCCAAGAAAUAGAGCUCGACACCAAGCUGGAGCAGUGCAAAUCAGUCCCGUCAAUGGUGUAUCACUGAAAUCAAAGCUCAAGUCUUUCAGUAGGUCUACGGAAGCAUUGUAUGAUUCAUCUUCUGGUGAGAGUACAUCUGGUGAUUAUAGACCUAUACCGAAACCAAGACGAGUCAAAGAAACUGCAGAAAGCGACAUUACACCACCAAUUCCAAAAAGACACAGCAAAGUGACUUUUGCUGAUGCUCCAAAUAUCUUAAACCCAACAUCUCCAUCUGGAUCAGAUAGCAGUGUAUCGUUGUCUGUGCUUGGCAAUACAAUAGCUGUGGAUAUUAAGGACCUGCCCCCUCCUAGACCCCGUAAGGAUAGUGGGCCACCAAAGUUUGUGCCACCACCACCACCAUCUGGCCCAAGACCAACGGAGAGUAACAACAGUUUACUUGAUAGUUAACUUUUAACCCAUGUAUGCUCUUCCCACAUUAAAGCUAAUCAUAUAAUGUCAGGUUGUCUUUGUCAAAUUAUAGAAUUGUUUGCACGUCAAUGUUUGUACAUCAAUGUGUCUGUAUAGUUGGCUUGUGUCUUGUGUGUUUAUGUCUUGUGAAGUUGUGUGUUUACUUUUUUUACUUUUUAUUGGACAAAUUGUGCAAUCAAAGAGCUAGA